AUAAUUGAUGGAAUGAAGACGGUAGGGUUGAAAGGUAAAUCAGUGAAGAAUAUUUUAGAAUGUGACUUACUGGGAUGGGGGAGAGAUUCCACAUUACAUAUUUACACGUGAUUGCACUUCGGGCAAAUAUUUAUAGUUAGGGGGUAGUGUAUUAAUGUAUUGUGGAGAGCGGAAUAGCCGACAGAGGGCGGUAAUGCAAAAUAAUGGAUGCCAACCACCGUCAAACACCAAAGAAGUAGAAGAAGGAGCUCGUAUUGUAAACAUCGCCAUUUUUUUUAUUUUGAAAGUGUUCUGACGUCACUUCCAACGCGCGGGGUUACGCUAACAGUGGAGGAGCUAAGCAAAUCUACUCCCUGUCAUCCACUUUCAAACACUCACUCAGGCCCGACGCUUUUACCAGUAAGCUUACAAAGGUGAUUGUCGUCAGCCUUCCUGCACUACCACUUGCACAUCCGUGGAAUGCCGUGUUUUGGACCGUCGUGGAAAUGCGACUUUCUGUCCGGUUUUCUCUGAAGUCCGACACCCAGGACGUGAGUUGCUUCGGCGGGUUGUUUUCAGCCAAGUUUCCCACUGGUGGUAUGCAUCGUCCCGGCCCUUGUUAGUUUCGCAGCUGGCUGUGAAAAUUUUAGCCCCAAUAGCCGAUCAGGAUGAAGUUGCAGUGCGAUGUGGAGGUGGUGAAUCGUAUGUUACCCACCUUCGGAAUGAAAAGUCGCGGCAAGGGGGCGAGAGCGGUGCUGUCCAUCGGCAAGCACUUGGACAAGACCAGUCAACGCUGCAACGUCUACAUGAUGAUCUGCACGGCCAAGGACAGAACAGGCUCUAAGUAUAAGCUCAAAGACAACAUUGAAAAAUUCUUCACGUGGUUUGUAGAGGAGGGCAAGGCCACAGUGAGAUUAAAGGAACCUGCUGUCGACAUCUGUCUAAGCAAGGCCGACGCCAACAGCUUGAAGAACUUCCUCUCGGCGGCUCGCUUGGCGGACAGGGGGAGCGACGCCAGCAGCCUCCCACUGUCCACCCUCACGCCCGUCCGCGCCAGGGACGUGGAGCAGCCCAAGAAGAAGCUGAGCAUCGUCUCCAAGAAGGACUACCCCCUCACCUCCAGCUUCCCUUACUCCCUGGAGCAGCUGCAGGUCUCCUACUGCAAGCUGUCGCGCGUCGACAUGCGCAUGCUGUCGCUGAAAGCUCUUCGCAAACUGGACCUCAGCAACAACCACAUCAAGAAGCUCCCCGCCACCAUCGGCGAUCUGGGCUGCCUGUCCGAGCUGGUCCUGCACAAUAACCACUUGGAAGUCUUUAGCGAGGCCCUCUGUCUGUCCACGCUGCAACGGACCCUCCAGCUCCUGGACCUCAGCCAGAACCGGCUGCAGUCGCUUCCCACUCAGUUCUGCCAGCUCCGGGAACUGGUGAACCUCAAGGUGGACGACAAUAAACUCGUCUUUCUACCCUUCCACUUGGGACGCCUCACCAAAUUGAGGUUCCUGUCCGUGGCGCACAACCAACUGGCCGUGCUGCCCGGCGACUUCCGCAAACUGCGACUAGAGAACCUGGAUUUGUUCGGAAACCCGUUCGUCCAGCCCAACCCUCUGGACCACACCAUGCGGCUCACAUUCCCGGUUUCUCUUCAAGAGCUGGCUUCCAGGGCUGUAGUAAACCUCAGAGUCCCAUACGGACCCCACCUCAUCCCCGCGCACUUGUGUCAAGACCUGGAAUUGGCCAAGAUUUGCGACUGCGGGCGCUUCUGCGUGGGUUUUUACAUCAAGACAUGCGUGAGCAUGAACCUUCAUCAAGUUUCUCACACGGUGGUUCUCGUGGACGACAUGGGAGGGACAGAUGCUCCCGUGCAGCAGCAUUUUUGCUCCCUUUCUUGCUAUUCCGAGUUCUUGGACAAUUCCCUCCAGAGGGGAAUCAGAUGAGAGGACCGUGUGGAUGUGACACCUGAGUAGUUUGAGAUUGCUCAAACAACUUGGAAGAAGAGUGGACACUGUUGUCGGGUCAGUAUUGAGCAGUUUACCUCUGGAAAUUCAACAUCCACCAUUUCAUAGAUGGCAGAAAGCUGAAUUAUAAUGUUCCUCCUGCAUUACCUGCUGACCUAUUUGAUCAAAAUGAGGUAAUAAUGCAAUUAAACUGUGCCAUGACCUCAUUUCCUCAAUACUCAGAGCAGGCUAAAGGGAGUUUUUUUAAUGUGCUCAUGACUCACUAUUUUUCUGUGUGUUAAACAUUUAAAUAAAAAUAGCCAUUUGUUGAAGGAAAUUUAGUGUGCGACCUCAAAA